AAACUUAUUUCUUCUUUGUUUCCUUCUCUUUACUGGUUUCACAAAUUACAGUGUCACCCAAUUGUUACUAGUCUUACUACUAUAAUAACCUUUGAAUUGUCAAAGAUAGACUUAAAUUUCCUAUGAUUUUUCCUCCUUUUUGAUGUCUUUAGAAAGUGACCCUCCAAGUCUUCUAUCUUGACUUACUUCAUAUUUGGUGGUUGUUUUACUGAAAUACUCUCUGAUUAAUUUCCUUCAAAACUUGGUUCUUCAAUUUUACACCUCUUCUUUGAGCUUCAAAGCUGCAAUCUUGAGUUCUGGGUAUGUCUCAAUUCUUGCUUAUUUCCAUUAAUUUAGCUUGAAUUGAAUUGGGUUAGUUUAUUUUUCCCAAAAUUUCAAGUUAUCAUUAUAUUUCCAUGAUUAGGAAACUUUUUAUUUUUCAAGAAUUUUAGUGCCCAUUUGAGUUUUUAUUUAAUUUCUCUCAAUGAUGAGAAAAUAUUGGUUGUAAUUCAGUGAUAUAUAUAUAGAUAUGUAGCACUGCUAUUUUGUUUUUGGGCAGUAUAAUUUUUGUUCAUAAAUUUACACUUUAGUUCAGAUAACUAUAUUUGGGGUUUGCAUUUUUAUUUUUAUGUUUGUUGUUGAAUAAUGGCCCACACUAGAAAGCAUACUGCUUCUGUAGUGUUUGGAUUAAGGUGUUUACUGAUAUUGUUGAGUAGUCAUGGAAUUUAUGGGACUGCAACUGAUAUUCUGUGUUUGAAAAGGAUUUACAAUUCAUUCAAAGAUCCUAAUGGUUACUUAAAUGUAACAUGGAAUUUCAACAAUAAAACUGAGGGUGCAAUUUGUAGAUUCAAUGGGAUUGAAUGUUGGCACCCUGAUGAGAGUAGGGUGCUUAAUAUUAAGCUAGCAGAUAUGGGUUUAGAGGGCCAAUUUCCUCUUGGAAUUGAGAAUUGUACAAGCUUGACUGGGUUGGAUCUUUCUGGUAACAAUUUGAAUGGCUCGUUGCCUACGAAUAUAUCGAAGUAUAUAGAGUUUGUGACAGAACUCGAUCUCUCCAACAAUGAUUUCUCCGGUCCUAUACCGGAGAAUCUUGCAAAUUGUUCUUACUUGAAUGGCCUGCAUCUUGAUCACAACCAGUUUUCAGGCCAAAUUCCUCUGGAAUUUGGCACCCUUUCUCGGAUUAACAGCUUUUCUGUUGCAAACAACAAUCUGACUGGUCCAGUCCCUAAGUUCCGGUUUAGUAUUAGUAAGGAUAGCUAUGCCAAUAAUCCAGGACUUUGUGGGGAAGUUUUGAGUUCUUGCCCUUCUCAAAGCAAGAUUCAUCCUGGGGUUAUUGCUGGGGGAGCAGCUGGAGGUCUAACUCUCAUUAUUAUCUUGACGGGUAUUGCGUUCUUCUACAUUUCGAAGAUGAAAAUUAUCAGGAGGAAGGUGCUAGAUCCUGAAGGUAACAGAUGGGCAAAGAGUAUGAAGGGAACUAAAGCUGUCAAGGUUUCCAUGUUUGAGAAGACAGUUUCAAAAAUGAGUUUGGAAGACCUUAUGAAAGCCACAAACAGCUUCAGCAAUUAUAACAUGAUUGGUUCUGGAAGAAUGGGAGCAAUGUACAAGGCAACGAUGUCUGAUGGUACAAUCCUUACAGUCAAGAGACUGCAAGAUUCACAGCGAACAGAGAAAGAAUUCAUGUCCGAGAUGAAUACUUUGGGCAGUGUGAAGCACCAAAACUUAGUCCCUCUCUUGGGGUACUGUGUGGCAAAGAAAGAGAGGUUCCUGGUCUACAAAUACAUGGCUAAUGGAAACCUCUUUAACUGGCUUCAUCCUUCAGACCCUGAGGAGGCCAAGAGUUUAGAGUGGCCUGUAAGGCUUAAAAUUGCAAUUGGGGCGGCUAAGGGGUUGGCUUGGAUGCAUCACAACUGCAACCCUAGAAUCCUCCACAGAAAUAUAAGCUCCAAAUGUAUUUUGUUGGACGAGGAAUUUGAUCCCAGGCUGUCCGACUUUGGUCUUGCACGACUCAUGAACCCGAUUGACACUCACUUGAGCACUUUCGUGAACGGAGAAUUUGGUGAUUUUGGGUACGUUGCCCCUGAGUAUGCAAGAACACUAGUUGCAACUCCAAAGGGAGAUGUUUUUAGUUUUGGAACUGUUCUUUUGGAGCUGAUCACUGGUGAAAAGCCAACUAAAGUGUCAAAUGCCCCAGAAACCUUCAAGGGUAGCUUGGUAGAGUGGAUUGCGCUACUGUCAGAGAAUAAUGAUCUCCAUUCUGCCAUCGAUAAGUCUCUCCUUGAUAAGGGAGUUGAUAACGAGCUUUCUCAGUUUCUCAAAGUCGCUUGUAAUUGUGUUUCACCUACGCCAAAAGAAAGACCUACAAUGUUUGAAGUGUACCAGCUACUGAGAGCCAUUGGUGAAAAUUACCAUUUCACAGCUGAAGAUGAAAUUAUGAUUGCGACAGAAACCUCAGAUGCUGGUUUUCCUUCUGAGCUCAUUGUUGCUCAAGAAUGAGAAAUGUGUAAAGAGGUCAUUAUUGAUUGUGUGCAGUCAAGGAUGUUUGUGCAGUUCAUCAUUGAAAAAGUAAUGUGUUUUCGACUUUCCUUCUUGCGCUUUUUGUAUUAAUCAGUGACUUCACCAAAUUCAGACCUUAACUAGUUGAGGCAUAAGAAUGCAACGAAUACACAAAAGGGUUGACAACAGUUGCUGUGCAUCAAAUCCUGGAUUGAGAGAGGUGAAGAAUCAAAAUAAAAGAGAUAAUUUUAUUCCCAAACCCUCUUAACUCCUCGAAUAAUUGAACCGUCUAGCUAUAAGGAUUUUCCAUUGCAUGAAACGCAUGUACCAAAAACAAUUUGUUAUUACAAGGUAGGCAAAUACUUGUUGAUAUAAAACCUACUUCUAUAGUUCUAAUGAUACAAAACAUAAUCAAAGCAAAGAUUGGAAUUGUUUUUGGCUG